CUAUAAAAAAUGGGUGUUUGUAAAAUAGGCCCAAGUGCUAUUAAACAGAUUGAACUAAAAUCUGACUUCGAGUAGCAAUAUCAAGGAAACGACUAACCCAGUUAUUAGUAUGAUUUAAGGAGAACACCGCCUUGUGAAAUUGAAAUUCCUACUGCUCCCUAAAGGACUAUAACAAAUAAUAAUCAUUUAUAUCCUCAAAAUCACUUAUUUAUAAAAUAGGUUGAGAGCUUCUACAAUUCUACUUAGACAAAUAAAGUAAUAUCUAAUGAGCAUCAAUGUCAUAAUGAAAUGAAUAAAAUAGAUGAAUUAAGCAAAAGCCUGCUUAAAAAUGAAACUUAACCUGAUGACAAUCCUGAUAAAUAAGCCCAAAUUUUUCUCAAUAAUGAGUAUGAACAGAUGUUGUCUAGCAAAAUAAUUAAACCAAAGCCUGAUAUAAUUUUAAGAACUGAUCUCCUCUAGAGUGUCCAUCCAUCUAAAUACUAGGGUAGAGUGAAAUAACAAGGAAAAACAUUAUGAAUAUUUAAAAUAUUAAAAACAAUUAAAUUCUACCUGGC